GGCACACAUGUGCAAAAAACGUGGCUCAGUGCCAUAAUCUGGAGAGAGUUCUCCGUCCUCAUGUUUCGUUGGGUCUGAAAAUAGAUUUUUCUUGCAGAAUUCACUCAAUCCCUUUACAGUUUUUUCUACCAAACCAUUUCAAAGACUUUAUGAUCAGUGGAUUCAGUUAAAGCCGAAGCAGUUGCAAGCAACUUUAUUUCCGAACUUGCAAAACUAUCGUGGCUCAAAAGCUUCUAUGGACGCAACCAUUUUAGUAAAUCAGUGGUCACCGCCCCUUUUCUCUUCCCCUCUCUUUCUUAUAUCAUAACAUGGUGCGAUAGCGUGUUCUGCAUGUAAGGAUCAUCCUGUAAAAUGCCCUAAGCCCACAAGUUUUUUAUGUUAUUAACUGCUCAGGAACUACUUGUAUCCUUCCUUCUGAUACAUACAUGUGAACCAAACUCACUUAUAUUUGGACUUUCUUGUUUAGUUGAAAUCACUCCAUUUGUACACACACAUUUUGUUUUCCAUAUUUCUCAAACACUAUCUCCAUAUCCUCCUCCAUUAUUAUACAUAAAUAGUUGAUGCCCAUAAGGAACUUGUAACCUCAUUAAUUAAUGAUCCUUUGUUCUAUUCUACAACUUCAUCUACAUAUCUUCCACUAUUGUUUCAUUUCUCUAUAUAAAGCAACCAAUAGUAGUUCCUUAUUCCCCAUCUUGUGUUGAGUUCUAGUUUUUCAAACGGAAAUGAAGAAAUUCUUACUUGUUGCUCUUUCUUUAGCCUUGGUUUUAGGAAUCACUGAAAGUUUGGAUUUUCAUGAAAAAGAUUUGGAAUCUGAGGAAAGUUUGUGGGAUUUGUAUGAGAGAUGGAGGAGCCAUCAUACCGUUUCAACAAGUCUUGAUGAGAAACACAAACGUUUCAAUGUGUUCAAGGAAAAUGUUAUGCAUGUUCACAAAACUAACAAGAUGGGCAAGGCCUAUAAGUUGAAAUUGAACAAGUUUGCAGACAUGACUAACCAUGAAUUCAGGUGUGUAUAUGCUGGAUCAAAGGUUAAACAUCAUAGGAUGUUUCGUGGGACACCACGAGGAAAUGGGAGCUUCAUGUAUGGGAAGGUAGAAAAGGUCCCCACAUCUGUUGACUGGAGGAAGAAGGGCGCUGUGACUGCUGUUAAGGACCAAGGUCAAUGUGGAAGUUGCUGGGCGUUUUCAACCAUAGUUGCAGUUGAGGGUAUUAAUUAUAUUAAGACAAAUGAGCUAGUAUCUUUGUCUGAGCAAGAGUUGGUGGAUUGUGACACUACAGAAAAUCAAGGAUGUAAUGGAGGGCUAAUGGAAUAUGCUUUUGAGUUCAUUAAGAAAAAGGGAGGCAUAACAACAGAGUCUACUUAUCCUUACAAAGCUGAAGAUGGACAUUGUGAUGCUGCAAAGGAAAACAACCCGGCAGUGUCUAUUGAUGGGUAUGAGAAAGUUCCUGAAAAUGAUGAGGAUGCAUUACUGAAAGCUGCUGCAAACCAACCAGUAUCUGUAGCCAUAGAUGCUGGGGGUUCAGAUUUCCAGUUCUACUCCGAGGGUGUCUUUACUGGAGAGUGCAGAACCGAGCUGGAUCAUGGAGUGGCAGUUGUGGGCUAUGGAACAACUCUUGAUGGAACCAAGUACUGGAUUGUUAGAAAUUCCUGGGGACCCGAAUGGGGAGAGAAAGGUUACAUCAGGAUGCAGCGAGGCAUCUCUGACAAGGAAGGACUCUGUGGUAUUGCUAUGGAGGCUUCAUAUCCUAUCAAAAACUCCUCAACUAAUCCUUCAGGAACCAAAUCUUCCCCCAAGGAUGAACUCUAAACUACAUAAGCAAUAUCAUUGGUUUCAGAAUUGCUAUCCAUUUCAGUUGUUUUUCCUGCUGUAUCAGAUUUGCUUCUUAAAAAUAACGUAUCCCUAAUUUGAUCAUGAUGUAAUUUCUUAAAAUGUUAUACUAUAUAUUGAAGAAUAAAUUUUUGAAAAA